AUGGUGCAGGAGCAGUUCAGUGUCCUGCGAGGUGCAAUGGCUUCGCUGCGUCUCAGCAGGACCGAUCUCGCACUCCUGAUGUUGAGGAAGAUGUGGCAUGACGAGGUAGUACUCACCAUCCGAUCAUUGCUGGAGACGUACGAAAAUGCUACGGAGCAAUUUGGUGUGUUGCGUGGUGCUAUGUCUUCGCUACGGCUCACAAGGUGGCAGCUCUUCAUGCUGACGCUGAGGCAACUGUUCCACAACAUGCCCAACUUCGUCAAGUAUUCGCUCUUUGCCUUAGUAACCUUGGGUAUCAUCGUCGUUCUCGACAAUAUUUUUGCAAGAUUGACCUCUCUCCGGAAGCUCGGUCUACCUGUGCUCGAAUUCCCCAAGGGCGACGAUCGGUGGGAUUACAAGAGAAUUCUCCGAUUGGGAAAAGAGAGGUAUCCCAAUACUCCUUUCAUCAUCGCAUACUCGGGAUUUGAAUACGUCGUCUAUCCGUCGUCCAGUUUCGAUGAAGUCAAGCGCGUUUCGGUCAAAAAGGCCUCCAUGCUCGAGUUCUUCACCUAUGUAUUCUUUCAUGGAUGGCGCUUCCUAGGCAGCGAUACCAGCACUCUCCUCAAGACCAUCGGCGUGGACCUGAUGCGUGCAGUGCCCGUUCGCGUGCAAGCUCGUCAAGAGGACACCCAGCUCGCCUUUGAGAGAGCGAUUGGACCCUGCCCCGAGUGGAAAUCUGUUCCGCUCUAUUGGACUGCGCAGGAACUUGUUGCCGCUACCAAUGCCAGUGGAAUGGUUGGUCCCAAGCUCGGUAACGACCCUCGAUGGGUGAGAGCCGUUCAACACUUCCCCAUGGUAACCGCGCUCGCCGUAUACGUCUCGAAUGCCGUCCCGCGCCUCGUGCGCCCUAUUGUCACUACGUUCAUCUUCUUGCCGGCCUGGGGCUACUACAUCUAUCUUAAGAUGCUUCUCAAGCCCAUGGCCAAGGCUGAUUGGGAAGAAUACGAGAAUGCAGAUGAGAAGCAAAAGAAGGAAAUCCUCCGCGCCACACCCGACAAGAAGUUUCCCAUCACUGCCUGGCUCAUGUCGCGGUACCGGCCCGAAGAGCGCUCCCUGAGCCAAAUCACGCACGAUCUUAUCGUCGCCACGUUCGAGUCUACUCCCUCCACAGCCGGAACCAUGUUCUUCAUUCUGGCCGAGCUCGUGUCUCGGCCCGAGCUGGUUGACGAGCUUCGAGAUGAAGUGGAUGAGGUCCUGUCAAAUGGCCUUCUGCCGCAAACGACCUUGACCGAGCUCCGCAAGAUGGACAGUGUGAUGCGCGAAUCGAGCCGGGUGAACCCUUUCAGUCUCUUGGUGUUGUUUCGAAGGCUGCUUACCAACGUGAAGCUAUCGAUCGGGCCGGAACUCCCCGCAGGUUCAAUCCUCUGUGUCGAUGCGCACCACAUCCACAACGACGAAGAGCUGUGGGAAGACCCCGACACCUUCGACCCCAUGCGAUUCCUCAAGCUCCGCGAGCGGGACGGCGUCGACUCACGACACCAGUUCACAAGCCUUGGGAAGGACUCGCCCGGAUGGGGAGACGGUACCCAAGCCUGCCCCGGCCGUGUCUUCGCAGGCAACACCAUCAAGAUUAUCUUGACACACCUCCUCGACAAGUACGAGAUACAGCUACCACCCGGAGCGGAGAAGCCCAAACGGCACUCAAUGCCGAACGGCUCUAUGGCCCCAGACCUUUUUGCCCGCAUCAUGAUCCGAGAGCGGAGGCGCUAA